AUGUCCGGCAUGGAAAUCAUUGGCGUCGCAUCGGGCAUCAUCACGUUCCUCUCGGCGUGCAUUGAACUCACUAGAGCCGCAGAGGACGCGUCGGGAUUGCCACCUGCUUUUCGCGAUGCCGCCGCGCGUCUCCCCCUCAUUUCAGACAGUUUUGUCCUCGCCAGGCAAGGCCUCAAGACCGACCAGGCUGAGGGGCCUAACGAAUCCCUGACAUCUUUGAAGACGCUCCUGCAAUCCGCCGAGGCGAAGGCUCUCGUUCUACGGGACCUGUUCGCGGCGGUUGUUCCCGCGGCAGAAAUGUCACGCCCCAAAAGAUAUCUACAGGCGCUCAAGACUAUCCCCAAAGCCGACUCGGUGGAAAAGCUGGUGGAUGGCAUCACGAGGGACCUCCAGGCGUUGACUGCAAACUAUGUCAUCAAGUCCGCAGCGAGAGCACAGAUCGGGCACAACCUCGAACAGAUGCCGGAAAAUAAUUUAGGCGAGGGGCUUUCAGUAUCAUUGCGCAAUACAGGGUCUGGCAAACAGUUUGUAUACAGUGGCAUCGGGAACCAGAAUGUCGCGACUGGGAAGGCUGUACAAGUCAACGGCGUCACUCACGGGAGCACAUUCAAUUUUGUCCAGAAAUAA